CUUUUCUUUGUAAACACCAAAAUUUUGUUAUUCCAGCCUAACGAGUUUGACAGGAGUCUGUACUGGAGGCAUACAGUAGGAGCGCGGCACUGAACAGUUGAACAAAACUCAGCUUCAAUUAAUCGAAAUGCGCAUGUAGAAGCUGAUCCGCCUGAUGCUAAUACGUGAAUACAAGGAGCUCACCUCGGCUGGUGCGACGGACAUGGCGAAUGGAGUGCGAGGCAAUGGCAGCCGUGGCGCAGCAUCACCGGGAGGACGGCCUUGAGGUGCAGAGAAGAGAUAUCAGAUGAAUCAGAAACUGAAGAUGACGAUACAAUGGACACAGAAGAAGCUUCCUCUGUCCUUAUCGCCGCACUGUAGUCUUUCAGCCAUGCUCUGGUGAAUGAUGACGGAGAAAAAGAUACCGAAACUGCUCUACAGACGACAAAACAGUAGACGAUGCCAGGACGAUUAAGAAUCCGGCGGCCAUGGCUUCCCUAUACACAUGCAUGUGUGGCUGGAUUUCAUUGUCGUGCAUCAAUCGUUCGUACUUUUGUUUUUUAGUCUAUGGAGAAUGUACCGAGCUGAUCUACAACUUACAGUAUGAUUUUACUAUAUCUGUACUUGGAAUUCAUGCAUUUAGUUUCACCUAUAUUAUCAUACUCUUUUUUCUAUUUAACAGCUUCAGGGGCUUGAGGCGCAUCUAAAGAUUGCUUCUAAGAUGAAUGGGUUUAACCUAGGUACUUGGCCAGAUAUUGAUGUAACUAGAUGGACUAUAAAAGAGUAUAUUCAAGAUCGAAUUCAAUCUGAUGGAUCAUCUUGCGGCUUGUUCAUGCUACAAUUCAUUGAAUACUGGACAGGACACAAACUGUCACAUCUUGUUACACAGGAAGAUGUCAAACCCUUCAGGCAAAAAGUAGCAAUCAUUCUCCAUGAAUCAGAUCUGAACGAUAUAAAAGGAACUCCUGAGUACCAUAAUCCAGCAGACGAUAUAAUAGAUACUGACGGUGUUGAAAUAUUGGACCCGCCACCUGCCAUGGUUGUUCUGAGAAUGCCACUUAAUAAAAAUGAGCUACUUUGCAAACUUCGAGGUCAUAUCAUGUCCAUUCAUAAUGCAGAUUCCCGAGAGAAAGAAUGGAUCCGUAGCUCCAAGCCCUACCCACUAAGUAUAAGUCUUAGACAACUACAAGACUUACUAAAGAAUACACGGGCUAUUGAUGUCGACAGUUUUAACAUGGCUGUUCAAGUAAAUGCUACAGACGACAUUCAAUGGGCUAAAGACACUCCAUAUCACUAUAUGGAUCUCAGAUUUUCUAUGAUACUAAAUGACUCUACACAAGAUCCAAAACUCCGUUUACCAUUUGAUGCCCAACGCUACAUUAUUGCAAAACUAUUUCAUUGUUGGCCUGAUAUGUGCUUUGACGUCUCGGUGUGCAAGUUGAUUUUGUUGCCGUUUUGUACAACCGGUCGCGCUUCAUCCUCUUCCUGUUCGACCUAUUGGAUAGAACAAUCACUAUACUCGACCCUCUUCCCCUAUCGGAUGCAUGGAAAAAGAAUCCUUCACAGAAGGACAUAUUUAAGAUUCAAUCAAUAUGUCUGGGUUUUUAGUUUUAAAGAUUAUGCGCACGUGGCAUGA